UUUAGGGUUUACGCGGAUUCGAAUUCAAAAUAAACUACAAUUUUACCUCAACCUCAUCUCUAUUUUUAAUGUUAGGGUUUCUGUGCGGUUCAUUGAAGACAAUCGAGCAAGCGAGACGGAGCGGCAGAAGGUGGAGAGCAAGGAGGAAGACAAAAAAUGCCGUCCCACAAGACUUUCAUCAUCAAGAAGAAGUUAGCGAAGAAGAUGAGGCAAAACAGGCCUAUUCCUCAUUGGAUCAGGAUGAGGACUGAUAACACUAUAAGGUACAAUGCAAAGCGCAGGCACUGGCGAAGAACAAAGCUUGGUCUGUGAUGCAUGUGCCAUUAUAGUGCCAAAGUCGUAACUAUUGGGGAUUCUUAUACCUUGGCUAUAUUGUGUUCAUGUUAUUGUUUUAAGAGCUGAGUGAUUUGGUUGAUUCUAGUUUGAGCUUGUUGUAAAGCUUAAAAUGAGAUUUUGAUUCCAUACUCUACUUUGUACUGUUUUUUAACCCAAUUAAUCAUCAAGAUUUUUAAGUUCAAAUUAA